AUGGAGAAAUGCAAUGCAUGAUGGGGACAGCAGUCUGGCAAGCGAGACGAGGAUUUUUGAAGACUGCUGAUGUGGCAAUAGAUGGUGUGUCCAAAACCUUGGAUGUAGCUGCUUAUCUGUAAAGAAGAAGAUGUCCAGGACUAAAAGAACAGCCUAGAUAGAUGACAAAAUGUGUAAACAAAGACUGAUAAGGAAGAGACUGCAAAGAACUGUUCUAUCUAAAGUGUUGGUCAGCGUCAAAGGAAGAGGUCCUAACAUAAAGACAGAAGGACGGAGGACAUGGUAAAGCCUUAAAAGAGAGACUUUUCCAAAUCAAAGGUGCUCUGGAUCUGCGGCAACAGAGCUCCCACACCUUCAUGAAGGCGACUGAUCAACGGCUUCAGUGAAGUGCCAUCUGUGUGUGUAAGGUAGACCUGUGAAGGAACCAAGAUGGACCUCGAUGUACUAAACAUGUUUGUAAUAGCUGGAGGCACACUAGCCAUUCCCAUUCUGGCAUUUGUAGCCUCCUUUUUAUUAUGGCCUUCAGCACUGAUCAAAAUAUACUACUGGUACUGGCGUCGAGCACUGGGCAUGCAAGUUAGAUACGUGAACUAUGAUGACUACCAGUUUUGCUAUUCCUACCGAGGCAGACCCAGCCAUAGACCUUCCAUACUCAUGUUGCAUGGCUUCUCAGCCCAUAAAGAUAUGUGGCUGGCUGUGGUCAAGUUCCUUCCAAAGAACCUACACUUGAUUUGUGUUGACAUGCCAGGUCAUGAGGGGACAACACGUUCCUCCCUUGAUGACUAUUCAAUCUAUGGGCAAGUGAAAAGAAUACACCAGUUUGUUGAAUGUAUCAACCUGAACCGAAAACCCUUUCAUCUAGUUGGCACUUCAAUGGGUGGAAAUGUUGCAGGUGUUUAUGCUGCUCAGUACCCAGCAGAGGUGUGCAGCUUAAGUCUUGUAUGCCCUGCAGGGCUGCCACAUGCCACAGAAAGCAAAUUCGUUAAACAGCUGCAGGAGCUGAGGGCCUCAGAGUGCAUUGACAGAAUUCCUUUAAUUCCAUCCACUCCUGAGGAAAUGGCAGACAUGCUGAAGCUCUGUUCAUAUGUUCGUUUUAAAGUGCCCCAGCAGAUCCUGCAGGGCCUUGUUGAUGUUCGCAUCCCACACAAUGACUUUUACCGAAAAUUAUUUUUAGAGAUUGCAGGUGAAAAGUCAAGAAACUCCCUUUAUGAAAACAUGAGCAAGAUCAAAGCUGCAACGCAGAUCAUCUGGGGAAAGCAAGAUCAGGUCCUCGACGUUUCAGGAGCAGACAUGCUAGCAAAAUCGAUUCCUGACUGUCAAGUACACGUUCUGGAAAACUGCGGACACACUGUUGUCGUGGAACGGCCCAGGAAAACAGCAAAACUUCUCCUUGAGUUUUUAGCUACAAUGCAGAAUGUGGAGAACAAUAAGAAACUGGCUUGAAAUUUCUUUGUCAAAUGGACCCCUUCAGCUAGAUGUUUCAGUUGUGAUGAAAUACUGCUACUUUAAUUAAUUCUCAGGGAUCUUAUAGUGAAGAAUUUGGUGACUGUGCCAAAAUCCCUGAAGAAACCAGAGUAAUAUAUUUAAUUUGUGGGCCUGUCAGUGCAGUGACAAAGAGGAUACUGAGCCAGCUUCAGAUGUGUGUUGUUGAUUAAGUCCAAUAAAGUCUGCAUUAUGAUCCAAGUAUUUUGGGAGCAGUUAAAGACCCUGUUGGAUAAACUUGUCAUUCAGCUAUUUUCUUCAGGCAUGAUCCCUCUGUUUCGGAUAACAUUUUCCCUAAUUUUUUAUUAUGUACCCAAAUAGGACUGGAUAACAUGGAUGUUAGCUAGAUAAAGUAGGAAUUGGGUCACAGGCCUACUUGAUCUUACCAAUGUGCCCCUCUCCCAGUCUGCCUUUGUAAUGUUUCUUGGGCUUAUAUGUUGAGGAAAAGGCAGAAGAGGGACAAUUCCCUGCAAGGUUCCUGAAUUAUCUGGGAAAAGAUGCACCCUGCCUGUCAAUUGGGCUUUUCUUAUAGCAUACAUGUAAUAUAAUUAUUUAUAUAAUAUGUAAACUAGAAUACGACCUGAAAUCAGAGAAUUAUCUAUCACAGAAUGUACUGGCCACUUCUAGGUUUCUACAGCUGUUUUAUGUGAUCUAGCAUAAUGUCCGGCUAAUUGGAAUGUACGAUGUCAAUGAUAUUAAUUUAAAAUACAUAAGAAAUAUGGUACGGAGCAAAACUUCAUAGACUGAGAGCUAAGGUCUGUUCCCGCCUCUUAGUAUAUAUGACUUUGCAUGAAAAGCAAUUGUAACAAAAGAUUCUGAUGAUCCAGAUGUUUGCUAAAGUGCUGUUUAUGUAGCUCAUUAAUUUAUGAUUUCAGUGGAGGAGGAAGGUAUUUUUUUAAUGGCAGAAAGGUUUCACUGAGUAUGCAACUCUGCAGUGUUUAUGGUGAUUUAUUAUAUAUGCGGUGGGUAUCCCUCAACAGCUCUGUUUGUUCUGUAUGUUCUACCUUAACAGUCAUUACAUGCUGAAAGAUUGGUUAUAAUCUGGCCUGAUUUAAAUUGUGAAAUAUUCUGUGAUGGGUUGUUGUAUUCAAACAAUUUAGUAGUAAUUGGUUUAAGAAUUUAAGCUUAAUUCACAGGCUCUGUAGUUGGGUGCCUGUAUGUAUACCCAUGCUCAUGUACACAGAGAGGGUGAAUUCCACUGAAGUCAAUGGGACAAUUCCUUGUUUUAAGUGGGAGCAAAUUCUCUGGAAGGGGAUGCAUCUCCUGUUAACUAAUCAAAUGGCCAUUAGGAAGCCAUUUCUAGAGCCAUUUUUUCCAUCUAGAUGGGACUUGACCCAAGCAAUAAUACUGUAUGUAGAUAGAUGCACAAAUGAUCAAAUUCAGGUUAGAAUUGGAAUGGGCUGUUUUCUUAGCUCUUUUCUUAAUUAUGUGUUCUGCUAAGUAAUUUGAUGUAAAUAACUGAGUUUCUUAAUGAAUUCUGUGAAUUCUGUGAAUGGAAAUGUCUUGACUGGAGUGGGGCAGAGUGGGGUGUGAUGGGAGUUAAUACAUAAGCGAUGAAAUGUGUAAUGAUAAAGUACAAUUGGGUUGCUUUAGGUUGCUCUAGUCUAAAAGAUGGCUUACUGUACUCUUGCAAUGUAAAUUAUUUGUCAGAUGGGGUAUAACAUUCCAACAGAAUGCUUUUUGAAGUAUGUUGGUAAACGGCAUUGGAAAAUAUGCUUGCCUUUCUUUUUCUGGGUCUUCGUAGUAGUUUCCUAGUUGUGCAGCCCUUUAGAUGAGUGACUUUUCUGUAUAACAUUGCAAAAGCCAGGCCUUUUUCAUAUAUACUGCAAUGCUCCUUUAAUUUCUUUUGUUUUGGUUUGUUUUUAAUAUAAGGAGAAGGUUUCUGAAAACCCCACCAAGAGUCUGAUGGUGCUUUAAAGGCUAACAAAUUUAUCAGCAGUCGUCAUUGUUAAGUUCAUUAACAGUUUACAAUGAUAAUGGUCAUUUUACCCUUGUGGUCUGUGAUCCAAGCAAGAAGCAGAGAGGAUAUUCCACAGUAAUGACAUGAGUAAUGACACAGUAGGCAACCUUUUGCAUUUAGGCUGUAGCCAUUUGUCCAUUUAGGAGUGGACAACUGCGGUGUGAAUCUGGGGCCCAUUUUUCUGCCUCUAGAGCCCUCCAGAGGCCUUAUGAACUGCCAAAAAUGGCUGGGAAAGAACAUAAAAGAAACGGUAAAAUGUCCGUGUCUAGUUUUUAGAAGUGUCCAUUAUUUGAUUUAAACAGUACCAGGAGAGCCUGCAAUAUAUUCAAAAGGUGAAUUGCCUUUCCUGAAGCUUUCCUGGAAAGGCAGUUCACCCUGUUGGGGACCAGGAAAGAAGAAAUUCAGGGAGUCUGGAGGAAUCGAGGGCCACAAAAAGAGCCUUUGGGCCCACCUGCAGCCUUAUAUCCUCACUUUGCCCACCACUGCUGUAUCCCUUUGGACACUUCAGUAUAGCCAUAAUAAGUCAGUGGGUCAGGAUUUGUUGAGCACUAAAAUGUUGGUCUUUUCUGGUGGCCUUUCUGCUUUUAAGGGAAGCAGCUGAAUGCAUGGGGCCACAGUAGUGCUUAUUACUUUUCUGUCCAAUUUAUAAGUACUGUAUUGGAGUAAACAGACAAAUGAUUUCUUCUCAUCUGAAAGGAUUCUAUUUAUUAGAAAUUUGCAUUUACUGCUAUUGUAGAACUGUCUUGAAGCACGUUUCCCCAUGUGCUACAUAACAGCAUCUUCAUGUUUUAGAACCAUUAUUGGUCUGUAUAUUUUCCUUAAAUGGGGAGGGGAAGCUGUCAAGCAAUCAUUGCCAGAAACAUAUCUUUUAUUUCAGGAAGGCAGGAAAAGAUGUGUUUCUUCCAACAAUUGCUUGAUCAGUGUUUCUAAUACAGUUGCAUAUAAAAACAGACAGGUAUCUUAAAUGCAUACAAAACCAGCACAGGAGAAUGAAGAGUAAAGUUUUAUUAUUUCUUAUUGAUGGGUUUCUGGAAGUCAGUGUAUUGUAUGCAAAAGGAGUCAAAUAAAGUGUAAUUGAAAUAA